GAUAGUUCAACACUUGAAAGUACCAGUGUGCAAAUUUCAAUUAACUGCCGUGAACUUCGCGCAAAUCGAGAUCGCUAAAUCCGGAAACGAUAACAAUAAAAAGUCCCAUACUUGUCUAGCAGUCACAGAAUCGUCCAGUUUUGUUGACACAACAAGAUGAGGAUUGCUCUAGUUCUAGCGCUCGUUCUUCUGAUAUCAGUAAGCAGCAGCGACGCCUGGGGACGUCGUGCAUGGCGCAGAUUCAAACGCAUCGCUGUUCGAGCAGUCAAAAGUUACGUCAUCAAAAAAGUCGUCGGAGCUGCUAUAGUUGCAGUCGGCAAAAGAAGUGCGAGCGACUUGGAUACAAAUAUGGAUGGUGUGUUGGACAAAGCGGAGAUCGAGUCGAUACUUAACACCAGAGAUGCCCAGGAAUUUAUCCGUGUCGCUGAUGAAGAUGGCGACGAUGAGAUCAGCAUUGACGAAUUUGAAAAGGCAGUGAAGCAAAUAGAAAACCUUUAAAAAAAGUCUGGUGAACCGCAAACGAGUCAUCAUCAUCCAGUAACUCAUGCUUAAAUUAUACUUGUGCUGGGGUGAAUAUAAAUACACUCCAUUUUUGUUUUGAAUUAUUGUAAUAAAGUGCAGUUCAACAAA